AUGCCUCGGAGUAUGGUUUAUGGUGUGGAGAAAUUCGAUCAAUUCUUGUGCGGUCGUAGAUUCACAUUGUUAACUGACCAUCAGAUCUUGGUGAAAAUAUUUGGGCCUAAGAAUGGUAUACCGACGGUAGCAGCGAAACGCCUACAUCGGUGGAGUCUUUGCCUCAUGAUAUAUUCUUUUGAUGUAGAGUACAGAAAAACAUCCGGAUCUGGAAAUGCAGACGGGUUAUCCAGAUUACCAGACCGGAGCGAGCUGAGUUCAAAAGUUGUGAUAGAUGAAGUGACAGAAAAACAAAUAUGA